GAGAGAAAGGGGCCCUCCUCCUCCUCCUCCCGCCCACUCAGACAGUGGCACGAUCCACAGGGAAGCGGGCGCCGCCACUCCCUGACCGCCUGGCUGGGCUCCCCCGCCCUCGGCCAUUGGCCCUGUGCCGGUGCAGGGGACCGUCGGGGCCUUGGGAGGCUCGCCUAGUCUGCGGCGACCCCCUCGGUGACGCGGCGCGGGGACGCUCCUCCGCCGCCCAGCAGCAGCCCCCCCCCCGCCCACCUGACCCCGAGCGGACGGAGGAGACGCGCGCCUUCAAAGGGGCUUCCUUCGAGCCACAGAUCCGCGGAGGGCCUCACCUGGCAGCGACAGGAAGAGAAAUGAUGACCUAUCAGUCGACCUCAGGCACUCCGUGGACAUUCCAGGGAGCGAUGGACGAGAACAGACACGGUAAGGAGCAAGACGGAGCCGCUGAUUCUGGCGACAGCGCUGCUUGGCUGCUUGGUGAAGACGGAGAAUCAGAACUGAGGAUCAUCUUGGUUGGAAAGAGUGGAGGCGGGAAAAGUGCCACCGGAAACACCAUCCUCGGCCAGAAGGAGGCCUUUCAGUCCACACUAGCGGUGAAGACAACCACUCUGACCUGCCAGGGAGGGCGUGGGAGCUGGAAUGGCCAGGACGUUUCUGUGAUUGACACGGCAGACAUCUUUGAGUCCGAAUCCUGCAGUGACGAAUCCCUCAGGGAGAUCAAGCACUGCAUUGACCUCUCCAGGCCAGGCCCACACGCUCUGCUGCUAGUGACCCAGGUGGGUCGUUUCACCGCGGAAGAUGAAGCGGCCGCGAAGCACGUCCAGGAUGUGUUUGGGAGGGAGGCCGCCAGGCACAUGAUUGUCUUGUUCACCCGCAAAGAAGAUUUAGGGGAGGAGUCCUUGCAGCACUACGUAAGCUCAUCAAAUAACAAAGCUCUCUGGGAGCUGCUUCAGAAAUGCGGGAACCGCUUCUGCGCUUUCAAUAACAGGGCAGAAGGAGCAGAACGGGAGAGCCAAGUCUCUGAGCUGAUGACCAUGAUCCAGAAAAUGGUUCGGGAGAACGGCGGAAGAUACUACGUCAAUGAGCUGUACUUGGAGCCCAGUCUGACCAACACGAGGCUCAAAUUCUACCUGGCGGAAUAUAGAAGAGCCAGGAAAAGGGCAGAGGGCGCUUGGGUUUGGGAUAGAAAGAGACUAGUGCUUGCAGGAAUUGGAGGAAUUGUUGUGAUUGUGAUUGUCAUUAUCCUGGUACGUGAAUUACGGCCAGCCCAGCGCCCGCCCUUCGCGACACCGGCGAGCCCGUCCGAGUCAGGAAGACAGAAGCCGUGCAGACCGCAGCCCCAGACACGAAGCGGAGCCAGGCGGAGCCGCCGCCGUACCUACCUAUCUGCCUGCCUGCCUGGAGAGCCGCGCCGGCGGGAGCGCGCAGAUCCUGGGGCUGGGCUCCCGUGCCGAGCUUGCUGCUUUCGCUUUCGCUUUCCGGCCGGCGGAGCGGGUUGCCGGAGCGCCUCUCUGGCAGCAGCUGGCCUAGCAGGGCUUCGUCGUCCGGCUGCGGCAGGGAGGGAGGGAGGGCAGAAGGCGCGCCUGGCUCUGGCGCCCGGCAGCAGCGCUCCCCCGCGAAAGCGCCGUGCGGCCACGGCUCCGCCCGCGGUCAGGAGGAGGAGGAGGAGGAGGAGGCGCACGCCAGAGUCCCCCGGAGGCGCCGCGGGCUGCGCUCCCGCCUCAGAGGCCAGAUAUUCCAGACAGGAGGACAAGAUCAUGUAUGGAAAGGGCAGAGAAUCAGAACUGAGGGUCAUCCUGGUUGGAAAGAGUGGAGGUGGGAAAAGUGCCACCGGAAACACCAUCCUUGGCCGGAAGGAGUUCCAGUCCCUGCUUGGGGUGAAGGCAACCACUCUGACCUGCCAGAGAGGGUGUGGGAGCUGGAACGGCCGGGAUGUGUCAGUGAUUGACACGGCGGACAUCUUUGAUCCAGAAUCCUGCAGUGAGGACUCCUGCAGUGAGAUCAUGCGCUGCGUUGCGCUCUCCAGGCCGGGCCCUCACGCUCUGCUGCUUGUGACCCAGGUGGGUCGUUUCACCGCUGAAGACGAGGCAGCAGCAAAGCAAGUGCAGGAUGUGUUUGGUCUGGAGGCCACCAGGCACAUGAUCGUCUUGUUCACCCGGAAGGAAGAUCUGGGGGAUUGGGUCCUGCAGGAUUACGUUAAGGGCUCAGAUAACCAGGCUCUGAGGGAGCUGAUUCGGAAGUGUGGGGACCGAUUCUGUGCCUUCAAUAACAGGGCGGUUGGAGCAGAACGGGAGAAGCAGGUCUCUGAGCUGAUGGCCAUGAUCCAGGGAAUGGUUUGGGAUAACGGAGGAAGUCAUUACAUCAAUGAGCUGUACUCGGAGCCCAACUUAACAAAUGCAAAGAUCAGAUCUUACCUGGCAGCAAACAGAAGGGCCAGGCAGAGGGCAGAGGGAGGCUUCCUAACCUACAGAAAAGCCCUUGUGAUCUUUGCAUGUGCUGCUGCUGGUCUUUUACUCCUUUAUUACUGUCGGCAUCAUUCCCCCAGCGGUGCUGCUUUUCUUGGUCCUGAAUAGCAGUUGAGGAGUGAGUAAAUCCAACUAGAUCUCUUGUUCUCGGCUGGCAAGAGACUGACACGUGGAUCAUCUAAUAAACUAAUGGUCAGUGCUUAGUUCUCCUCCUUGGUUUCAUGUCACAAAUAAAGUUACUAGCAAAUCAUCA